CGAAGUUAAGAAUACACGCAAGGGAACAUCUGGUAAAACAUACUCCAAACAUAUUAUGGCGUCAUGUCCAACUCCACUUGUUGGAAAUGUGUAUUCUCCUGACACGCCGACAUAUGUGCUCCAAAUUGUUUCGCAAUAAUACAUGCGAUAAAACAAAUGUUCCAAAUGACAUUGAGCAUGGCAUAUUACUUUGAGUGCCACUAAUGCGGGAAAUAACUGUUACUUAGUUUGUCGAACGUGGCUCCGAAUGUGUGACAUAGACAUUUUUGUAAAAUUCUCUCGCUUUGCUAAAAUAUUUCGGUGAUCUCGUGAAGUUACAAAGAUCUCUGAUAUUAUCCAGUGUAUCGCAGACGCCGCUAGUGCUUCGGAUAUUGUUGAGAUAGAUUGAAAAUACGGAAGUACUUAAUGACGAUUCUGCGAAAUGAUGACUCUUCGAUAUGACACAAUCUGCUCCGUUUUAAUUUUGCUCCAUAUUUUAGUACAUACCAAGGCAGCACUGAGAGAUAUUUUGAAUGUUCAGCAUUUACCUGAUACCAAGUUUGGUUCAAAUGAAUAUUCUGAUGACGAUAGAGAAUAUUUUGAUGCUGAUGACAGAGAUAGAGGAGCCUUAGCACAACCGAAUGGCCAACAGAAUACAAAAGACCAUUUAUAUUUAAAAGCUGAUAGCCACUUUGGCAAAGAGGAGCAAGGAAAUACAGAUACCUUCGAUAAAAAUAUAGUAUGGGACGCGCAAUGGGGUGCGCAACUGAAACUUACUCAGGCAACAGCAGUUUCCAUGGAUCCUGACGGCAACGUUGUCGUGUUUCACCGAGGGAAACGUAUUUGGGAUGUUGAUAGUUUUGAUUAUCAAAAUAUAUUUGAUCCCAAGAAAGGGCCGAUUACGCAAAAUACAAUAAUCCUUUUGGAUAAGAGCGGGAAGGUGAUAGUGGAAUGGGGAAAGAACAUGUUUUAUCUCCCGCACGGUUUGACCAUCGAUCAGUAUGGGAAUUAUUGGAUUACCGAUGUGGCAAUGCACCAGGUAUUCAAGUUCGAUGCUCAAGACGUAAAAAGUCACAUAGAAGAAUUGAAACGCGCACAGAUUAGCUCAGAGACGAGUGUGUCUAACGGUCGUGCCAGCGCAUCAUUCGAAAACAGCACACUGAAGCCAUCCAUAACUUUGGGAACGGCUUUCAUCCCUGGCAACAGUGAGAAUUUCUUUUGUAAACCAACUGACGUUGCUGUACAUAGUAAUGGUGAUUUUUUCGUCAGCGAUGGAUAUUGCAAUUCUAGAAUAAUUAAGUAUAAUAAGAAUGGCGAAUUAAUUCUGGAAUGGGGUCGACAUUGGGGCAGUGGAGAUUCCGUCUACUCACAUUCGCCUCCUUCGCCAUACGCGUUUCUCGUCGCGCAUGCUUUGGCACUCGCGGACGAAACGAAUCACCUUUUUCUAGCUGACCGAGAAAAUGGCAGGAUAUUGUGCUUCUUUGCCAACAACGGUACAUUCCAUAAGGAAUACAAACACCGUGAUAUUGGUACAAAAAUUUACAGCGUUGCCUACGCUCGAGAAAAGUUGUAUCUAGUUAAUGGACCUGAUCUAUUCGUGACUAAUCCAGUGCCAGUAAGAGGCUUUGUAAUUGAUGUUUAUUCCGGAAAGAUAUUAUCGACAUUUCAGCCCAAGGAGGAUAUGGAUAAUCCGCAUAAUUUGUACGUGACGCAGGAUGGUUCCGAAAUAUACGUAGUAGAAUUAAAUCAAAAGAAAGUUUACAGAUUUCUACAAGGAGUAAACAAUUCUGACAAUUCGCAAUCCACUAAGCGGCAUCAACCUAAGAUCUUAAUACAUCCUGAUGCUAAAGAUGCCGAUAUCGAAAAGACUAACAUGACAAAAUUAAUCCUAGGCCUUGGCUCAGCAGCCAUUUCCUUCAUUACAAUAUGCAUUGUGAUUGCUGCCAUUGUAGCGAGAUGCCAAAAACGAGGAUGUUUACUCACGAUGCGCAAGAAGAUGCGCUGGGAGGCCGAAAGGCGGGAGAAUUUCAAGUUGACGAGCCUGCUAGAGAAUCGCCGUAGCAGGAGCUUCAAGUUUCUGGAUAAACGGCCAAACCCUCGCGAUUUCAGCAAGUUGAGCACGGAACCGGAAACCUCAGAGGACGAGCAUCCCGAGAACAGUCUCGCGAGGGUGAUUUAAGGAUCGCUACCGUGUAACGUCAUGGCAUCGCGCAAACAGUAUUAUGAAAAUGAAACGGAGGAAAUCACGCCGUAUUGCCCAUUGGCGUAUGGCGCGAUCGUAUGAUGGAUACGAAUUGCACGUUGGAUUUUUAAAUAUAUUUGCGCCGCGGCGAGCACCGUCCGAGCCGACUCGAACUCGGUCGACGGUACGCGCGCGCGCGCAAUGACGACCUUUGCCGACUACCGGAUAUACAGCUGCUUGACAUUACCACUUACUUGUAUUUUAAUACAUUUUUCUUAUAAUUAUAGAAAAGGCUCACAAAUCAGUAAAAAAAUAUUUAUUAAAGUUUAUUGA